AUGAGGAAUCAGCUUGAUAAACACCUCCUCCCAACUAUUGACAUGAGAAAGGCCAUUGAAAGAAAUGCCAAACAUGAAGGAGACCUUUCACUUGCUCUCAAAAAGAUUGACAUAGAGAAAAGAUUGGCUCUCGGACAGCUGUCGAGAAAACAAGAAGCUGUGAAGAUACAAAUGUUUAGAAAACGGGAGACUCUGUCCAAACAAUUUAAAGUCCAGCUUUUCGAGCAAGGAAGUUUGGAACCUAUAUCUAGACCACGUCCAAAUGCAGGAUUGCAGAAGAGUCCUGUGCGACGCAGCAGAUCUUAUGAAGGAACGAGCCACUCGUCAAAGCCCCAUCCACUCGAGCUAAGAAAAAGACUCAGCCUUCCAUCUUCAGCUUUUUGUAGUUCGACCUCGGAUGACUAUGUCAAACCAGAAAAGGAAGCAAAUGUGCAACGAAUGGAACAUAUUCCCGCCGACCGCGAGAAUGAUCACAAUAGUGAGAUGUCGUCCGAUAAAUUUUGCAAGAAAUCAGAAAUAUCCAUCCGCAGGCAUUCAUGUGCUCAUCCGCAAGAAAACAGCGAUUCAAGGCUUUUACAAAGACGUAGAGAGACAAUGCACAACUUGAUGAUGCAACACAGUAUCGAGAAUGAAAUACAAACUCUCAUUAGGCUAUAA